AUGGGUUCGCGCCACCAUGUCGAACAGAUCAAGCACGGCCCUCCCCUUGCCGCGGAUGUGGACAUCCGUGCAAACAGCAGAGGAUACGCCGAGUCACUCGAUGCGCACGAUCCUCUCAGAAACUUCCGCCAUGAAUUCAUCAUCCCGAGUAAAGCAGAUCUCAAGCGCCCAACCCUCUCAUCUACCGAUCCACAAGAGGCCCAUUCACCACCCUCGAUCUACCUCUGCGGCAACUCUCUCGGACUGCAGCCUCGAAAGACUCAACAGCGUGUCUCAUCCUUUCUGACAGCAUGGUCCACGAAGGGGGUCACAGGUCAUUUCAGAAACCACUCCGAUUCGGCAUUACCACCUUUCGUGGAUGUCGAUGACUAUGCCGCCAAGCUUAUGGCACCCAUUGUUGGGGCACGGGAAGACGAGGUCGCAGUGAUGGGGACUUUAACUUCGAACCUGCAUCUUGUGAUGGCGGGUUUCUAUCAGCCAACGAGGGAGAAGUAUAAGAUUAUUCUGGAGGGGAAAUCCUUUCCCAGCGAUCAUUACGCCGUGGAGUCGCAAAUCUCGCAGCACGGCUUCGAUGCUAAAGAUGCCAUGAUCAUGAUCGAACCACAGGACGACAAAGCCAUCAUCACCACAGAACAGAUUCUGGAAACCAUUGACAUUCACGCGGAUCGUACCGCGUUAAUCCUGCUACCAGGUAUCCAGUUCUAUACAGGCCAGUAUCUAGACAUCGCCACCAUAACCCGACAUGCUCACUCCAAAGAAAUCCUGAUUGGUUGGGAUUGUGCGCAUGCAGCAGGGAAUGUGGGUUUGAGGUUGCAUGAUUGGGAUGUCGACUUCGCCGUGUGGUGUAAUUACAAGUAUCUGAACUCUGGGCCGGGCUCGAUCGGUGCGCUCUUCGUGCACGAGAAGCAUGGACGGGUGGACAUGAGCGCUUCUACGAGGGAGGAAAGAUAUCGGCCCCGACUCUGCGGGUGGUGGGGAGCCGAUAAACAGACAAGAUUCGAGAUGGAUAAGAAGUUUGUUCCUCGACCAGGAGCUGCGGGCUACCAGCUUUCGAAUCCAAGCAUUCUUGAUCUCACCGCAUGCAUUGCAUCAUUGGAGGUAUUCCAUAUGACAUCAAUGGCGGAGCUGCGAAGGAAGUCCAUCUCCCUUACGAAAUAUCUGGAAAGCUUGCUACUACGAUUUCCAAUAGAUGCUCUCCCCGAGGAUAAGCCAUUCACCAUCCUCACACCCAAGAAUUCGGAUGAGAGAGGCGCCCAGCUGAGUGUCAGAUUGGAACCUGGAUUGCUUGGCGUUAUCCUCAAGGAGCUCGAUAGCAACGGUGUGGUUGUAGAUGAGCGGAAGCCAGAUGUUGUUAGGAUCGCCCCAGCGCCUUUAAGCUUGUCAGAAAGCCGUCAAGCAGCGUGA